AUGGCUUCGACCUCGUCCGCAUUUAACAAUGGCCGCAUCCGAAACCAUGAUGACAAGGUAUUGCUGGCGCGCAUUACUGAGUACUUCGAAGCUUUCGCCAAUGCCGAUGCGGAAAAAAUGAACAGUAUGGUGGCUGAUGAUUAUCGCAUGUCCGACAUCCCCCUCGGUAUUAUUAGGUCCUCCAAAGAGAAUUGGUUCCAACAGAACAAGGGAUUUAGCGGUCUUAUGACGAAUAUCUCAGUUGAGGCCAUUUCGCUCCACGGCAGUUCCGAGCCCGGCUCGUUUGCGGUCUUGGAGAACGUGGUACGGUUCACAUUGAAGGUUGAUCCUCCCGAGGCAGCCAAGCCCAACCUUCCUCCUGGAAUAAAGAAGGGCGAUUCCACGGGUAUGAUCAUGCUAUCUACGAUAUGGUGGAAUAGUGAUGGAAAAAUUGUCCGCGAACUUGAGUAUGGAAAACUGUUGUGGGAGGGCUUUGAUGUCAAUGCCUUCAACACAUGGUGA